AUGGAUCAUACCACAUCAAAUUCCUUAAAGCGCAAGCGCGGUGAUCUCCUCGUUGAUGAGGGAACGUCCCCAGCCAGCCAGGACGCUGGCACACAACCCAGCGAGGAUCGUACAGAGCCUUCGACCCAGCGUGGAGAGCACCCGUCGAAAAAGCAGAGGUUAACCACUGAAGAUCCAACGACGAAACCCAGCAGGAGACCUAAGAGCUCUGUAACAGAUCCUUCCCUUGUCGGACGCAAGAGGAAACUUGCAAAGUAUGUGUUGCCACAAACAAAUACUGCUUCUACAGCUAUUGCUACCAGUGAUGAAGACCAGCUGAUGAGCGAUGCGGCCGGGGUUGAUGUCUCAUACAACAUCCAUACAAUCGAGGGUCAAGCAUUAUCGCAGCCGGCGACCGCAGUGCAGCAAGCCACUCCCUAUUCAUUUAUGAGCUCCGCUCAGCAGUCAGCUACAACACCAUCUGCAUUAUUACGCGCAGCCGAUCCUGGCAAUCCUUAUAUCCCUUCCAUAGCAAAUCCGCAGGCUAGGGCAGCCUACCUUCAGGAGGUCGGCACACGCGGUCUAUAUAUCGCAAUCGAUCCGUUGCAGACAUCAGGUUCGGCCGUCGAGGAGAAAGUCCGUUAUGUGAUCAAGCAACACCUCUGCCACCGUUGGACCUACGAAGACUGUCGCGAAGGCUACAACAGCCGCGGAGGAAACGCCAACAAGUUCCAGUCAGUCGAGAAAGCGUACAAGGAGCACGCAAGGCACUGGUUCAACGAGCAAGACAUAGUUCUGCCAUGGGAUGCUGUUCACAAGGAUGAGCGAAAGCGCCUGAAAGCACUGGGUCUAGGACCGAGGGAUUUUCCUACACUUCUCCUGCCUGGGGCAUUUCCAGAUGUUGCUGGCCAGCAAAACCCACAGCCGGCGCCGAAGCGAUCGACUGCCACUAAGAAGAUUUCAGUUUCGAAGGCCCCCAACAAAGCUGCAACAUCGCCAAGCGCCCAUGAUCAAGAAGCCUCCCCUGCAUAUACCGGCAGGGAGGCACAUGAAGUCGCUCCUCUACGACAGGCGAAUGGUGAGAGCAUCCGAGCCAACAGCGAGUCGCAACACGGCGAUUAUGUUGACGACGAUGAAGAUCCCGAAGAAGACAGGGACAGUUUUGAGGCUGUGGAGGAUAGCGAGGAAGACGUAGAAGAGAACGGAGCAGAUGGCGAAACCUCCAUCCAUGAUCGCUUCCGCGCCAUUGCCAAUGCUUUCGAUGAAGGUUCGACCAGUAUUCGAGUAGCUGCCCAGGUCUACAAAAUUCAGAGAGACGCCUUCUAUACGUAUUGCGGAGCAAUCCGUGAGUAUGUUGACAGAAAUGAGAUCGCCCAAGACUUCGAGGUCGAUUUAAGCGCUUUCCCACCUAAAAUCGUCCGUGCCUUUAUUCAGGCCAUCUCCCCGGUCCCAUGCAGGGGACUACCCAUUCACGACUUCGCCUUUGGAGAUCCACCUCAUGAUAAGGACCUAUUUAGUGUGAUCAACCCAGAGAACAUUUUAAUCAGGGACUUUAAAUGGGAUGUGAAGGCUUGCCUCACGAUGCGGGAUUUGGCAGUACACAUGGACUGCCCAAUCAUCAAAGACAUGGUCGCUGAUGAGCUAUUUCAUAUGUACCACGAAAGCAUCGUGGAGAAGCGGGAGAACCCGCAGUUUGAGCAUGAAGACUUGGAGAUCCCACUGGAAUACCUGAACUCCUUGGAUUCGAAGGAAGAUGUCCCCUUUCUUCGACUGCUCACAGACUGUCUCCUCCAUCACGCGAACUACAAACUCAAAAUUCCGGAAGAGAUGGCAGAUCACGUUCGGCAGAUGAUCCACCAGCGACUCCAUAUUCGCCAUACCAUCUCGCCAUCACUGGCCACGGCAGAGGGUCGCUGCAACCGCUAUCACUCUCAUGGUGAGAAUGAAGAAUGCUACGAGGUUCUCGCCCAGCGAGGUGAAGCAAGGACCAAAAAGACGAUCCAGGACAUGUUCACAGUUGUCCGAAAGCGAUCGUUUGCCACUCACACCACCAAGAUUGCAGCCAUGUGCGCCGAGGAGCCCCGUGAUCUGUAUGCUGAGGAGGUUCAACGCCUUAGCUACGAUAUGACACUGUGGUCAAUCGAGCAAGAGGAGAAGGUAGCUGGGGCCUUGCUCACUAGCGAAGUCCUGAAGCAACAAAUUGCCAACAGCGACAGAGCAGAUGCUAAGCUCUAUCGGAAGUCUCUAAAGGAGUGGAGGCAGUACCUCGCUGAUCUCCGGGCCGACCACGAGCAGGGUUGGGAUUUCUUUGAGCGCGGCUGGAUCGAUGAGUCUAGGGAACCCGACUCAGACGAUGAAGAUGAAGAGGAGGUUGUUGGCGAUGAUUUUGGACCAAGGGUUCGCUACCGUCGACAUCGUCGGAGUGCUGAGCGUCGUUCGGAUGGCCGGUGGACGCUUGGAUAUUUUUAUGCGCAGGUCCGGCGGAACGGUAGGCCAGUGCCUGCUAGGACGUGGGUCCCUACAGUUUCCGCAUUACUGAGGUUGUGAAUCAACCUGUAGUGCUGGGGUAGCUUUUAGAAUCUUUUUCAACACUAACAGCAAGUGUUUGUUCAUAGAUAGGUAUUUUACGCCUC